AAACACCCACAACACUAGGUUACAUUACAGUGACUACACUAUGUCCACUGUCCGCCUCUACAGCAAAGCCUCCGCCAUAAUUUCCACCAAAGAUAGUCAAUUUCCCCCAAAAUGUUCUCUUAGGCUUUCACCUGAUUUCAGCUGCUUCAACUUUUUCAGCUCUGAUGUCAAAUCCAUCUCACAGACUGUGUCUGUCCAAAUGUUUACAAAUGCAAUCCCCCUAUUCCAUGGUUUAUGGAUGAAAGCUCGGGUCUGAAUGGGGUUGUUGGAUGAGAGCUCGUGGUCUGAAUGGGGUUGUUCAAUUUGUGCUGUACCCUAAAAUGGAGCCCUGUCUGUAUUCUGUAAAUAUUUGACAUGUUUCCUGUUGAUUCUGUGACAGUGUAGAUUGGUUGCAAACAUCAUAGGAAGCACUGUGACUACUAAUCAGAGGAUCCAAGCCAAUAUGACUUCAUUGAUAUUUUGAAUAGGUUUUAUUUUUAUAUAGGUGUGGAAAUUGCCUUGAAGACAGGUAAAUCAUAAUGUUCUCCUUCUAUAUAGUUUUAUUAUGUCCUCUUGUAGUGUUUUUCCUCCUAUAAUGCUGAAGUGUCUCAUUAACCAACAUUUACAUGCCCACACUGUUUUUGUUCUGUUAACACAAGAUGGCAGUGAAGAACAGUCUUCACUGCCAUCACUAGCCUAUACUGUAGGUCCUUGAGAUGAUGUGUAUGUCAGGAUUAGGUGCCAGCCUUGUUUUGAUAGCCAAUUAAAUCUAAUCAAUAUUUUUUCAGAUGUUUCACCCUGAUUUGAUAGGAAUAUGUGGCUGACUCGCUCCUCUAUAACUUGUACUUCAGUGGUAACCCAAGUCUAUAUUGUCACUAUUAGUGUAAAAAGGCUUUGAUAUUUCCCUAAUUUGUUACCUUGGUGUUUCUCCUCUCGGAGGCAAAGCUGUGUCUGUGACCGAUAACGAUUCAGAGUGGAAACGUCAACAACAUCCCCAUUUAUACAAACACGCGACAAUGUGCUGCCACGGCUACAUGAGACUGCCUGCCAUAUCAACCUUUAUGGGAUGAUGAAAACUGGACGCUGUUAUGAGUGUUUUGUUUUCCACAUCCCCGCCGCGCCACGCAGCAUCAUCAUUUCACAACGGCCAAGCUAAAAACAGAAGCACACUAAAUCUGGAGCUCUGCCGUCAGUGGCUGGAUGGGCUGUCUGUGUCAGCCAUGAUUCUCACACCUCACCGAGUCAUGCAUCUCAACGCCUAGCCUGGUCAUCCUGCAUCUUAAACAGGAUGCUGUUCUGGAUUUUAGCGGUGUAAGCUAUUGCCCAGGCAGCGCUCCCUAGAAACAGACUGGAGGUGUGGGCACUGGGCAGUGGUCUAAUACACUCCCAUCUCUCCCUCUCUGUAGGGGAGGGGAUUCUCCCUCUCCAUGGUGUCUCAUAACCCUUUUCUCCUGUUAUCUUUCUGUUCCAUUGUCCACAGUCAUGGCUGCUCAUCUCUAUUCCUCCUGAUAAGUAGCAUACACACCACACACAAACAGACCACAUACACAUACAGACUGUUUACUCCUUUAUCUAGCAGGCCUAGUGUCUGCCAAAAGUUGUUUACAAGAAUCCACAAUUUCCUCUGUUAUGAACCUCCAUGAAACCCGCUCUCUCACCACAUGUGUUGUAUCUGUAUGACUCUGUUCAUUAACUGCUCUGUGAGAGCUGGCAUUUGUCUGACUCUUCAGAUCUGCCAGUGAGAGAGUGUCACAAAGAGGAAUGUUUUGAGCCUGAAAUUGGCUUGUGCCCAUAUCUAACGAGAUACUGGCGAUUUUUGCUUACGCAGAGAGAACAAAUUUGUGUUGCUUUGUCUCUUGUCGUGAUGUCAACAAAGGCUAGAAAACAUUGGUCUGUGCCUGUAUUGUUUGUUGUGCAGAGUAUUGAUGGAAAUGUUUUUCCUCUCAGAAGUUUUCUAGUCAGAGACAUGGUGGAGAGGAGUCAUCUUUUUCGCAACUCUUUAGUUAGGACCCCCCACGCAAAGAAACCAUACUUUUAGGCUGAUAUUUAGUCAAUGGGUUUGUUUUUAUCAUCAACCAAUCUCGCUCAGUCAUAUUCAUCAAUGCAUCUCCUAAAUCAAAUGUUUGCAUCCUCUGCUGUAGAUUUCCCAUAUGAGCAGAUCUCCGCAGAGACACGCGAGGCCGUUGUUUGUUUAAGCAUGUAUAAAUAAUGCAUGUGUAUGUUUGUUCCCCCCUCCUUCCUUCCUGCGUGGGGGCGAGGGGAUCGAUGCCCCCAAGCCCAGCCAGACUCUGGACAGCUGAAGGCAAUGGGACCCCUGACAUUUCCAACAGAUUGGAGGAGACGGCUCUGUCUUCUUGAUUGGCACUCCCUGUGUGUGUUGACAGGAGGUCUCGCGGUCACGUGCGCUUCCAUGCCAUUAUAGGCCCAAAAUAUUUUUGGUAUCAGAUUGUUCAGGCAAUUCUCGUUUAAAAACUUCAUUGGGCGGAAGGAUGUUUGACAUGCUUUUUACAUUUGUAUUACAAACCAUGGUUUAGAAUGUCAUGAUGGAAGUGGCCAUUUUAGGCCCUUUACCUAUACAUGCCUCCUAUGAUCCGUGAACCGUACAUGAUACAGGCAACAGCUUCGUGUCAUUAUAGUCCUUAUUGUGUGCUUUCAAAUAUGGACAAUGUCAAGAUUCUGAAAUACAAUUUUUCACAUUCAUUUGUUCAACAUUCAGAAUAUUAUUAAUGUAUCGAAAGCUUAUUUUUACUCUUCAAACACGUCAAAUUUCCAGAAUGCCCUCUCUGGUACUUUUAAUGAUAUGACCCAUUUAUACAUAGAAAUUGACAUUAUAGGUCAGUCAGUGGUAGUCACUAAUGUUUCUGAAGGAGCCACUUUUGUCAAACAAAAUCACUGGGCGAGCCACCAUAACAAUCGGAGAAUGGGGGUUGGGGGGGUCAGAAAGUAAAAUUGAUUCAUAGGCCUACUACUGAUCUCAAAUGGAUUCAUGCAUGAUAUUUAAGAUACUAUUAACAUGGACUAUUAAGCUAUUUGAAUCUCUGAUUCUCUAUUUUAUGUCACUUGGGGGUAUCAGCAACAAAUAUGUAAAAAAUAAUUUGAUGCAUUUUUGAAUCUGACCUUAUUGCCAUUUAUCGCAAUAAAAGUUAUAGUACAAAGAUAUGUAUCAGGUAAUGGCAUAUUUCAGUCUGAAGAAGGUAUGCUUUGGAGUGAUUCAAAUGCGUCAAAGGGAUUGGAAGUUCAGGAAAACAGGGAUAAUGAUGAUCAAACAAUCUUUGUGUAUAGUAUAUUGUUCCAAACAAAAUGUCUUAAAAUGAAUAAAAUCAAAAAAGAUACUUUUGAGAUAUUGACCACAACUUCAAAUUGACCACAACUAAGCCCAAAAAGAGAUUGUAUUUGAGGUGUUUUAUUUAUUUGUGGGAACACUUGGGGACAGACUUUCUUAAUAUAAUUUUUUGUUGUUGCUGAAUUUCUGGUAAUUUCCAGUACUUUUUUAAACCCAAAACCAAAAUUUGCUCGUCGGGCUGCCUGUUGCCAACCGCUACCAUAAGGAUUAUAAUGUAUCUGUAUCAUGUACGGUUCACGGAUCAUAGGGUCUUACAGGAGGUAUGUAUAGGUUUAGGGGGGGCCUAAAAUGGCCACUUUCAUCAUAAUUUUUUCAAAAAUGGUUUGUGAUACAAAUGUAAAAAGUGUCAAACAUCCUUCCUUCUAUGUAAGAACUGCCUGAACAAUCUGAGAUACCCCAAAAUAAUUUUCUUUAAGCACCGUACACACACACGCAGGACACUAUCAUGUCCCACUGAGGCCUAUCUAGCAAUGGCAUACGUUUCCAUCAGUCACUGAGGCCAGUGUCCAUUGACUCCUCUCUUUCUCUCUCUUUUUCACUCUCAUUGAUAAAAUGACACCGUACAAGCCCCCCCCCCUAGUGCAGAAGUAUUUACAGAGCAAGGAGCUUCUGACCUAUCCUGUGUGACCGGGGCAGACACACUUCAGUGCGUCAGUAAUCCCUAUGUGUGGCAGUAAGGCCUUCCGAAGACAAUGACCUACAGGACCAGUGUGUUUUAGGAUGACUCAUUCAGUCAGAGCUUUGUUGAUGAGGCCAGAGGACAAAAGUGAACUUUUUAAGUGUUUUGUUUUAUUGCAUGUAACUCUAAAUCAGGAUAAUCUGCCGUUGCUAAAUCACCUCAAUGGAUUUGGAGAUAAAAAAACAUAAAAUUGUGUAAUUAUACAUUUUUAAGAUGCACAUGUCUUUGGUUGUGAAGGUGUAGGAAAAUUGUCUUUAUUGGAUUUCAGUGCAUGUAUAAAAUAAAUGUAUAUUAAUGGCUAUAUUGGUUAAAUUGGCUUAGUGCCUCUAUCUAAUGAUAUUAGCCUAUUAGAUGUGGUCUCAUCUUGUUGACAUAUCAUUGUGACCGCAAGACACUUGUUCACAUGAAUCUACACAUUGUCACACAUGUACUACAAAAAUGUACUACAAUCCAAAUUACACUUGCCCAUCUUCUGAAAACAUCAGAAACCCUACCUCUUCAAAGAGAAUCUUAAACACCCUUCAGGGCAAGUACAACUAAUUGUCGGACUAGCAGAUUAUAGAUUUAAGUGGUCCUAAUCAGGCUAAAAUCACAAUAUCAAACAAUUAGGCUACUCUGAUCAGAAUUGGAUCAAACUGUCCUCCGGAUGUGAUGUAUUGCCCAAUGUCCUCCCAAUCUCUGCAGAGCGCAUCGCAGUAUAAUUAUUAUAUGCCUGCAUUGACAGGCAGGAGUGGUCUUUCAAUCAUGAAGUCGCGAGAUACGUUUUUGAGAUCAAAGCAAGCUGCGUGUUCGGAUUGUUGAUAUUCAUUGCUAGUUAGUGAGUUAUUUGCCCAGUUAUAGCAUGAAUCGUGAAUAAUGUUGCGUGAGAAAGUUAGAUGCAUAAAUAUCAAACCACCUCAAAAAAUGCUGACCUCACCAUUAUAAUAACAUUAUAGUGGUGAGAGGUUAGCAUGUCUUGGGGGUAUGAUGUUUGUGCGUCUGUAACUUUCUCACUCAUCAUUAUUCGUGAUUCAUUCAGGAUUAUCCAUAAUCAUGGUAGCAUCCACAUGAAUGUAGAAGUGUUUAGAAACAUAUUCUAUUCUUAUUUACAAUAAAAGUAACUCCAAAAUGACACAAUACAUUAUUUACUAUGAAUUUGUAUAGGGCACAAAAUAAUCUGAAACAAAACCUAAACAAACAGCAAAUGCAUCCAACAGGUUUGUAGAGUCAAAAACUUGAUUUACAGUAGUCAUUGCAUGCUAGGAAUAUGGGACCAAAUACUAAACUUUUGACUACUUCAAUACACAUGUAAGUGAAUUUGUCCCAAUACUUUUGGUCCCCUAAAAUGGGGAGACUAUGUAUAAAAUGUGCUGUAAUUUCUAAGGAGUUUACCCGAUAUGGAUGAAAAUACCCUCAAAUUAAAGUUGACAGCCUGAAUUUUAAUCUCAUAGUCAUGGUAUCAUUUCAGAUCCAACGUGCUGGAGUACAGAGCCAAAACAACCAAAAACGUGGCACUGGCUCAAUAAUUUUGGCACUCACUGUAUAUUUUUACUGUUUUAUACAGUAGCCUAUCAGUGUAGUAAUUUACUUUGUGGGGGGUUCUUUCUAAAAAUUAUCUGCCGAAAUUGUUGCCACCCCAAUUACUAGCCUGUUCAACCUCUCUUUCGUGUCGUCUGAGAUUCCCAAAGAUUGGAAAGCAGCUGCGGUCAUCCCCCUCUUCAAAGGGGGGGACACUCUUGACCCAAACUGCUACAGACCUAUAUCUAUCCUACCAUGCCUUUCUAAGGUCUUCGAAAGCCAAGUCAACAAACAGAUUACCGACCAUUUCGAAUCUCACCAUACCUUCUCUGCUAUGCAAUCUGGUUUCAGAGCUGGUCAUGGGUGCACCUCAGCCACGAUCAAGGUCCUAAAUGAUAUCUUAACCGGCAUCGAUAAGAAACAUUACUGUGCAGCCGUAUUCAUUGAUCUGGCCAAGGCUUUCGACUCUGUCAAUCACCACAUCCUCAUCGGCAGACUCGACAGCCUUGGUUUCUCAAAUGAUUGCCUCGCCUAGUUCACCAACUACUUCUCUGAUAGAGUUCAGUGUGUCAAAUCGGAGGGUCUGCUGUCCGGACCGCUGGCAGUCUCUAUGGGGGUGCCACAGGGUUCAAUUCUUAGACCGACUCUCUUCUCUGUAUACAUCAAUGAGGUCGCUCUUGCUGCUGGUGAGUCUCUGAUCCACCUCUACGCAGGCGACACCAUUCUGUAUACUUCCGGCCCUUCUUUGGACACUGUGUUAACAACCCUCCAGGCAAGCUUCAAUGCCAUACAACUCUCCUUCCAUGGCCUCCAAUUGCUCUUAAAUACAAGUAAAACUAAAUGCAUGCUCUUCAACCGAUCGCUACCUGCACCUACCCGCCUGUCCAACAUCACUACUCUGGACGGCUCUGACUUAGAAUACGUGGACAACUACAAAUACUUAGGUGUCUGGUUAGACUGUAAACUCUCCUUCCAGACCCAUAUCAAACAUCUCCAAUCCAAAGUUAAAUCUAGAAUUGGCUUCCUAUUUCGCAACAAAGCAUCCUUCACUCAUGCUGCCAAAUAUACCCUUGUAAAACUGACCAUCCGACCAAUCCGCGAUGUCAUUUACAAAAUAGCCUCCAAUACCCUACUCAACAAAUUGGAUGCAGUCUAUCACAGUGCAAUCCGUUUUGUCACCAAAGCCCCAUAUACUACCCACCAUUGCGACCUGUACGCUCUCGUUGGCUGGCCCUCGCUUCAUACUCGUCGCCAAACCCACUGGCUCCAUGUCAUCUACAAGACCCUGCUAGGUAAAGUCCCCCCUUAUCUCAGCUUGCUGGUCACCAUAGCAUCUCCCACCUGUAGUACACGCUCCAGCAGGUAUAUCUCUCUAGUCACCCCCAAAACCAAUUCUUUCUUUGGCCGCCUCUCCUUCCAGUUCUCUGCUGCCAAUGACUGGAACGAACUACAAAAAUCUCUGAAACUGGAAACACUUAUCUCCCUCACUAGCUUUAAGCACCAACUGUCAGAGCAGCUCACAGAUUACUGCACCUGUACAUAGCCCACCUAUAAUUUAGCCCAAACAACUACCUCUUUCCCAACUGUAUUUCAUUUAUUUAUUUAUUUUGCUCCUUUGCACCCCAUUAUUUGCACAUUCUUCCAUUGCAAAACUACCAUUCCAGUGUUUUACUUGCUAUAUUGUAUUUACUUUGCCACCAUGGCCUUUUUUGCCUUUACCUCCCUUCUCACCUCAUUUGCUCACAUUGUAUAUAGACUUGUUUAUACUGUAUUAUUGACUGUAUGUUUGUUUUACUCCAUGUGUAACUCUGUGUCGUUGUAUCUGUCGAACUGCUUUGCUUUAUCUUGGCCAGGUCGCAAUUGUAAAUGAGAACUUGUUCUCAACUUGCCUACCUGGUUAAAUAAAGGUGAAAUAAAUCAAUUAAAAAAAUUAAAAAGUGCCUUGCUCAAGGCCACAACGACACAACGAUAAAACUAUCCAGUUUGAGUGUUUGUUGCAGCUCGUUCCAGUCGCUAUCUGCAGUGAACUGAAAGAGUAGCGACCCAGGGAUGUGUGUGCUUUUGAGGACCUUUAACAGAAUGUGACUGGCAGAAUGGCUGUUGUAUGUGAAGGAUUAGGGCUGCAGUAGAUAUCUCAGAUAGAGGGGAGUGUACAGAGAUGAGCAGUUUACGGAGGAGUAUAGAGUGCAGUGAUGUGUCCUAUAAGGAGCAUUGGUGGCAAAUCUGAUGGCCGAAUGGUAAAGAACAUCAAGCUACUCAAGAGCACCCUUACCUGCCGAUCUAUAAAUUAUAUCUCUGUAAUCUAGCUUGGGUAGGAUGGUCAUCUAAAUCAGGGUUAGUUUGGCAGCUUGGGUGAAAGAGGAAUGAUUACGAUAGAGACCAAGUCUCGAUUUAACUUUAGCCUGCAGCUUUGAUAUGUGUGGUACACUGUGCUGACAUGUACCGU